ACGAGUUGCUCAACCUCAAGAUGAGGGGCCUGGACAAGACCCCCCUCUGGUUGCAGGAGCCGCCCGCUUUUAAGGGAGGCGUCUGCACGAAGGAGGGGGGCGCGAAGCCGGUGCCCAAGUACAGUUUUCCGAACUUCAUCUGCAAUUCCGAGGAGACCAGGACGACAGAGCUGACACCGAAACCAUUGACCGAACAGAAGGACGAGCCGCCAGCUCCAGCUGCAUGUCUGUCCUCCAGCAACGUGGCGAUGAGGAACCGCGAGGAGAAGUUCGAGAUUACCAAGAGCCACUGGAGCCAGCUGAAGGAGCCAAGGCCCAGCAAGCAGUUCGAGGAUGAUUUCGACAAUCUGCGGCAGUGGCAGAAGAGCCAGAGCACCUCCAAGCUCCAGCAGGGAUACGUGCAGAAGCAGCAGCAGCAGCAGGAGCAGGACCUUAGCAGGAAGUGCGAGGCCAAGCGAAGGGAUCACCUCGCCGCCGAAAGCCGAGCCACCGCCCGACGGCCCGAGCUGUUGGGGGAAGUGAGAGACGACCCUAAGGAGGCGCAGGUUGUUUGCUGGCCAGAAAAGAGCUGCCCGCACCUGAAGGACAACCACAUGUGCACGGUAAAGGCCAAGCAGGCGGUAGAGCGCCAUCAGAAAGCAAAUAAAAACCUACGAGAAUCCUGCCCGAUCGCAGCGGAGAAGAAGGCGGCUCGCAGGCAGCAGAAGCAUCAGGAGGACAUGUGCAAGGACACUGCAAAGCAGAGAGAACAACAAAUCUUCAUGCUGGAGAGAAAGUGCAAGGAUAUCCUAGGGGAGCAGGCGCCACAGCGAGGCCUCGGCGAGGAGCUGCAGCUUCGAGAGGUGGAACGGCUGUCCAAGUGCCUGAAUCUUCUCGAGCUGAAGAUGCUGCUGCAAAUGAAGAGCAAAUUCAAAAGGACGCAGAGUGGCAGGACAGAGAAUGGGCAGAAGCAGCUGCCGCAGGUGAAAAAGUGCCUGGAGAUCUGGGAGAAACAGGAGCUGGCGGAGAAAGGUGAAGAGCGAGGGAUCGACAGCGACUGCGAUGGCUUUGUGCUGCAUCAGAUCGAGGAAAUCUCCAAGCAGUGCGCCGCCACGAAGGAAAAGUACGAGAGGCGGAGGAGAAGGCGUUUGGAAAGCGAGGCCCGAAAGAAGGAAGAGGAGGAGCGCAUCCGGAAAGAGGAAGCAGAGGCCGCUCUGAGAAAGAAGACAGCCGAGGCACUCCACAGGAUAUCGCUGAUCUCCGAUCUGAAGCAAAAGCGCAGGGAUAUCGCCACCAAACAGCAGCUCUUGCAGCUCAAACACUUGGAGAGGUCCAUGGAGGAGAAGCUGAAUGAAGAGAAGCAACGCAGGCGGGCGGAGCGUGACCAGACGAGGGCUGAGCACAAGCAGAGACUCAGGCAAAUGAAGCGAAUGGUCUGAGCAUUACACAGGACUCGAGCACCCAGAUCCUCGUCAUCACUCCCGCCAUCUCCAAGUGGCGCUAAAGCGCUAAACUUCGGGGUAAGGAUGACUGCCGGACGCAGGCCCACCCACAGAGGCAUUCUCCUCCGACACCACGAGCCUCCGCCUUCGGAUCCACCAUCAUAUCACGCAAGCGCCUGUCCAACCUGAAGCGAUAUGGCAUCAAUGACGCUCUGGUGGUCUACUGGCUGCGGGAGGCAGCGUUCCCGCUGGUGCAGCCAGCCGCUCGUUGUGGCACAAA